GAGCUGGCCGCGCUGAGUGGUUUCUUGGUGACACUAGGCAGAGCAGCUCUGGCCUUACCACUUCUGUCUUCUUACCACAGUCAAUCUUGGACUUUGGGGUUUCGCCACUGACAGAAGGACGUCUGGGACUUUCUCCUCCAAGGACUUGGCGGAUCACCCUUUCAGCAGGGUCUGUGCAUCGCCGGAAUGAAACUGGUUUCUGUCGCCCUGAUGUUCCUGGGCUCUCUGGCCUUCCUGGGUACGGACGCCGCGCAGCUCGACGGGGCGUCUGAGACCCUAAAGAAAUGGAGUAAAUGGACUGUCAGUCGUGGAAAGAGAGAACUGCCAGUGCCCAGCAGCAACUUCCCUGGGCUCGAAAACGCGAAGGCCGGGUCGGUCCAGAGGGCCCUUGGGCCACAGAACUUGGAGAGCCUCUCUCGCAUUCGUCAGGCCAGUGGUCCCAAGAUCGUCCUCAACCGAGUCAAGCGUCACCGGCAGGGCUUCCGAAGCUUUGGUUGCCGAUUCGGGACGUGCACAGUGCAGAAGCUGGCGCACCAGAUCUACCAGCUCACAGACAAGGACAAGGACGGCGUCGCCCCUCGAAGCAAGAUCAGCCCCCAGGGCUACGGCCGCCGACGUCGUCGUUCCCUGCUGGAAACCAGACAAGACCGGACUCUGGUGUCUUCCCAGCCACAGGCACGCGUGGCUUCUGGCUCCAAGGUGCACCGAGUGCUCGCCACCCUCCGGAGGAUUUAGACUCCUAAGCUUCGGCUGCGGACCAGGCUGAGACUCAGUCCUGCAGGGAUUUCAAGUCGAGGACGCAUCAUCUGGCCAGAGCCCUGGCUUUGCAGGACCACCUUCCCUUUGAGGAUAAUGGUUUCCUCACUCUGAUCAGGAGCUGGGUCCCUCCUCCCUGGGGACGGGUUGGGGCGCAGGGCCCUCGGGGCGGGGGUCUGAGCCACUGCCUUGCCCAUCCACAAACCCAUUUCUCACGGGGUAUCACCCCACCGGGGCGCAAGCCUCAAUAUUAUUACUUGAACUUUCCAAAACCUAGAGAGGAAAAGUGCAAUUUGUGUUGUACGUACAUACAGAGUUAACUAUCAGUAUUUAAGUUUCUUGCUGUCAAGAUUAUUUUGUAACUUCAAAUAUAUAGAGAUAUUUUUGUACGUUAUAUAUUGCAUUAAGGGCAUUUUAGAGCAAUUAUAUCCCCCUCUUAUUUUAAGACGUGAAUGUUUCAGCGAGGUGUAAUAUAGUUGUUUGGUUCGUGGAGUGCGUGCGUGUGUGUGUGUGUGUGUGUGUGUGUGUGUGUGUGUACAAAAGUGUACCUGAUUACCGCCUGUGGAAGGGAACAUUGUGUCUGUAUAAUCUAUUUACAUAAAGUGGGUGAUAUGUGAACAGCAAAUAA